AUGACUUCUGUCGUCGCUAUCGGUGUCGGUGUCGCCGCUGCCGCGUUCUUCGGACGAGCUGGCCUGGUAGCACUCCGCAGAUACAGAGGAGGCGUUGACGGUGCUGGCCGUGCAUUCUACAAAGGCGGAUUCGAGCCCAAGAUGAACAGGCGGGAGGCAUCGCUCAUCCUGUCGCUCUCUGAACGAACCCUAACCAAAGAUAAAGUCCGCGCAAACCAUCGCAAGAUGAUGCUUCUUAACCACCCCGAUCGAGGCGGUAGCCCAUACCUUGCCACGAAGAUCAACGAAGCAAAAGAGAUGCUUGAGAAGUCCGUUUGA